UUCGGCACAAUUCACCACGUCAACGACUUCUCCGAGCGCAUUUACCCGAUCAAGUCAUCAUUGGCGUCGCAUCAGUAUUUGAGCAGCUCGUUCGCAAGCAGCGGUGGAUACUCGUACCUGUGCCACGGUGUUGUGCCGUGCAUGGACUCAAUGUCCCCCAACAACGUGCGUGCGUGCCUUGUGCGACGCACCGUUUUUUGUGCACGCGCCGGCUAAGAGAGAGGGAUAUGCGAACCGAUGCAAGGGCUCCUUUCAACGCUACGCCCAAUUUUGCAGAAGCACUGGGGGAGGAUGUAUGCUAGUCGGAAGAUGUACAUGUACCGCUCCGAAGUGGUGAUUGAAAGCUAUCGGCCAUCAUGCACCUCCACUCCAGCACCCACACACAGCCCUUCGACUGCCUCUGCCACCUCGCCCGACUAAUCGCGCUCCCACCGUGCAGCAAGAGCACGAGCAAGCCAAAGAUACGAUGCCGCACCGCCGUGGACGAACAACGGCGCGUCCUCCUUGAGCAACGCCUGAAAGCCAGCCACGAAGCUCUACUGAGCUCCCUUUCCGGGCCAAAGCCUGACGAUAAGAAAAGUCCCACCGUCGCCGCCGUUCCCGCCGGGCAAGUUGGGAAGCGCAAAAGUCAGCACGAUACCAAGCUCCGCCUCUACCCUCCCGCCAACCUGAUCGUGCUGUGUGGGGAUCUGCAAGCGGAAGUAGAACGGCGAGAGGCUUUGAGGCCGCCGGCGGGCGUGGCGGAGUUGGAGGCGGUGGAGGCGAGCACCUCCUCAGUCUCAGUCUCAGUUGUCGUCUCAGUCUCUGUAGACUUUAGCGCAACGUCGCAAGCUCUCCUCCGUGCAGCUCGGCCCCCACGCUACCUCAUGAAGCGCCAGCGGCGACUGGAGCAAGGGAAGCGGCAGGGACUGCAAGCUGCGAUGGCGUUGCUGGAUGAGCGGCAACUGCGACAGUUGGCUAGGGAGGUGUUGGCGGAGGUUGAGAGACGGGUGCCGGAGGUCGCGGAUGCGGCGGCUGCUGGUCGGAAUGGGGGUGAUGGACGCCGAUCCCGGCUCAGCGGGAUGGGCGAGGCUGUUUCGGAAUCGGUGGAGUGUUUGCUGUGGCAUAAGGAUUUGGAGAGGGUUGUCGGGUCGGCGUGGUAGUCCGUAGUAGUAAAUCGGCACCGCGUUCCCCAUGGACUACAUGACGCUGGUG